UGGACGAAACACGAUCUGUCCGGUCUUGCCUGGUUCGAGUGGCUAUCAACUCUAUCCAAACCUUGAGUGGCAGAGGCCACGUUGUUCUUCGUUACUGUAACAUGUUGAAACAAGACCGAGCUUCAAUCCCCACCUUCAUAAGCACGCCUCAUCGACUCGCUGGAAACACUCAUAUCUAAUUUAGUGCCGCACGCUCUAUGCAUGGCUCUGGGGGGGGGCGCGUGGUGGUGCGGCAGCACGACGGUGCGGGCGUUGGCGCUCGCACUGGCUGCGGCCGCCAGCCUUAUGGUCCCAUGCUCUGGCGCCGUCACAAACGAGACGCAAGCGCUGGUGAGCAUGGCGGCACAGUGGGGCGCGGCUGACGCGCUGGCGUCGUGGCAGGUGGACGACGUAUGCGCCGCCACAGGAGGGGCCGCAGGCGUCACGUGCCAAGACGCGUCCGUCACCGCCUUGACACUGAGCAAGGCAGAGCUAUCGGGGAAUCUGCCUGUGGAGAUAGGCCUCCUCACAGCGCUCACUCUCCUGGACCUGAGCUACAACAAGCUCAACGGCACCAUUCCUCAGAGCAUCAGCAACCUCGCCAGACUGCAAACGCUGGUGCUAAGCAGCAACAAGUUCACAGCGGAUCUGCCCGAUGCUCUUUCGGGCCUCACCAGCCUGCUCCGACUAGAUAUUCAGCGCAAUUUAUUCUCUGGGUCCUUGCCUGCCUCCCUCUUCUCUCUCACCAGCCUUCGCAACCUCUACAUGGACGGCAACAAUUUCUCGGGCCCCUUGCCUGUGCAAGUCAGCGCUCUCACCAACCUCCGCACACUUCAGGUGAGCAGCAACAAGUUGAGCGGCCCCCUGCCUGCCACUCUCGGUGGUCUCUCCGCCCUCAAUGAGCUGCAGGUCCACAAGAACGGCUUCUCGGGGUCCUUCCCUUCCGCCAUCACGGCCCUCUCCAACCUCACCAUGAUCUAUGCCAGCAACAACUCAUUCACGGGGCCCAUCCCUGCCUUCAUUGGCAACAUGACUCAACUUGCAUUCCUGAAGAUCUACUCCAACCGGCUCAGCGGUACUCUGCCCAACAGCUAUAGCCAGCUGCGCAACCUCACGCACCUUGACCUGCGCGACAUGGAGCUGAGCGGCCCGCUGCCCGAGUGGCUGGGGCUCAUCACGCGCCUGCAGUACCUCCACUUCCGCAUCAACGACUUCUCUGGGCCUCUGCCAGAGUCACUGGGAAACCUCACCAACCUCCUCGAGAUCUCCCUUAUCAGCAACCCUAAGCUCAGCGGCACUCUUCCUGCGUGUUGGGCCAACAUCAUCUCCCUUGGUACCAUUGCGGCGUCGCGCCUUCAGUUCGCAUGCCCGUCGUCCGACUCCUGCUGCCCCACUGGCAGCCCCAUCCAGGACCUGCCCUUCUGCGUCAACUUCUGCCCCCAAUACUGCUCCGCCUGUGCCCCAGGCAUGGCGCCUGCAGCUGUGGCUGGCAUUGCUGUGGGGUGCAGUGUGGCGCUGCUGGCCGUGCUGGCUCUCGCCCUCUACUUCUGGUACUACAAAUGGGGCCCAGGACGCAUACAAGCGUGGGAGCGCGAGUUGGACCGCGGGUUCCGCAAGUACACGUGGCGGGAGAUCAUGGACGCCACGGACAGCUUCAGUGCCGCCAGGAAGCUGGGCAGGGGGGGAUUUGGCACGGUGUACCUGGGGCAGGGGGACUCGCCGGACCACCUGCUGGCCAUCAAGCAUGCGGCGUUUGUGGAGCGGUCAUCCAAGAUUGCGACCAUGUUCGAGGAGGAGGUGAAGGCGGUGUCGCGCUUCCACCACAAGAACCUGGUGCGUCUGCUGGGGUACUGCAACGACAACCUGGAACAGGUGCUGGUGUACGAGUACGUGCCCAACGGCCCGCUCAGCGACCACCUAUACGGCACCAUCAAAGGGCAGCUGCUGACGUUUGAGCAGCGGUUGGAGGCGGCAAUAGGGCUGGCGGAGGGGCUGGUGUACCUGCACAACCACACGGAGCGCCCCACCGUGCACCGCGACAUCAAGCCCUCCAACGUGCUGCUCACACUCGACUACCAGGUGAAGAUUGCGGACUUUGGGUUGCUAAGGGAGGUGGGGAAGGAGGAGAUGGGCACAUUCACCAAGGUGGCCGGCACACGCGGCUACAUGGAUCCCGACUACAUGACGCUCGAAAUGCUCACCACUCGCAGUGAUGUCUACAGCUUUGGGGUGCUGCUGCUGGAGCUGGUGACGGGGAGGGAGGCGAUGGAGAGGGAUCCAGACGACAAGGAUCGCCUGGUGCACAUAACCACGGUGGUGCUGCCGUUUGUGGCGUCGCGCCACAUCCACCUCAUCGUGGACACGCGCAUUGCCACGCCACUCAACCUGCCCCCGCUCCUUGCCAUGGCUCAGAUUGCAGCGCAUUGCGUGCAGCAGCCAGCCACCAGGCGCCCUGAAAUGGUGGAAGUGGUGAAAGCGCUGCAGGCCGCCAAGAAGGGCUACCACGCCGCAAUCACCGCUGCUGCUACCCCUGCUGCUGCUGCUGCUGCUGCUGCUGGUCGUGGUUGGGUGGAUGGAUCGCAGGCAGUGAGUGAAGAGAGGAGGGCACUCAAUGGUGUGCAUGGCGAAGGUGCGGCGGCUUAUGAUGAAGUGGUGGGUGACAUAGCAUGGGAGGGCGGGUGGUCGCGGGAGGUGCUGUGUGCGUGCAAUGUGAAGCCUGACAACGAGGUGGACGUGGCAACGUGGCGCAUGGCCCAUGCGAGCACGGCGCUGGCGGAGGCAGCUGCGGCACUGGUGGAGGCGCGGGCCACGGUGGAGAUGGAUGGCAUGCACAGCCACAGCGACAGUGACAGCGCCGCACAGUCGCAGCGCAAGGCGGCAGUGGGCGAGCUGCCGGCGGUGCCGGUGUUGGAGCAGCGCAGCACAGGGGGGUCCGCCAUCAACCUGAGCAGGUCACAGGAGGGGUCCAGCGAGGGGCGGCGCGUGGGGGACACAGGCAGCUGGGUCGCCAAGAUCCUUGGCAGGGGCAAGCAGGGGGGUGCGGCAUGAGAUGGUGGCACGGUGGUGGGGGAAACACUUCGAGUAUGCACUAGUGAGCAGCCGUCAUUGUGUUUCGGCGGCUAACUCAGCUCCCGUGUAGUGUUCUUUUGAUGUGAGUUCAGUGGGUGCUCAUCGUGCUGAGUAAGAUGGCCAUCGGCCAUGUGUCGAGUGUCAUGCUCAUGGAGGUGCGCAGUAGCCUGUAAGGUAGC